UGAUUUGUCUCCCUGACACACGGUCUACUUGAGGGAAGGCAGGAAAUCGAAGAAAAAUGAUCGUUGCUCUUGUGGUGCCUCGAAGAGGAUGAGACGAGCGGGAAGGGUAUGGAAUCAUGGAUGGCACAACCACCACACGCGGCGCAGCCCUGCAGCCAUUCGCAGGCACCACUUGAUUUGGCUACCGUUCGUCGAUGGCGAAUCCAACGUGGAAUGAUCGGACGACCGAACGGCGAUCAAUGGAAAGAGCAUAACACGUCAUCCGCCAUAAAAACCCUGUCCACCAAGCUUGACAGAGCCUGAAAGCCUUAUCUGUCCCCGGUUUCAGAUCAUCCGUUGAUAUUUGAGUACACUGGUUCAAUCUCUAGAUUUCAAGACAAAUUCUUUCUUUGGUAUUCAACAUAAUUAUCGAGCCGGUACCGUACGGUAUCUUUGUGUG